GUCCUUGCAAUACCACUCAAGAUCAUAUCAUUAUCCGCGAUCAACAGAUGACUGAUCUAGGGAUGAUGACUUCGUUUGCUUUCACUUUCACGUAAUGGCGGUCUUAUUUGUUGACUGUCCCUCAACCUCAACACAUCUCCCUCUUCAGUCUCACUUCCUCAGAAUCCAUCCUAGCCUACAACUUGACCCUCACCCAGCGACAUGGCGGACUGGGACUUUGCCACAUUAGCAGAGACUGUCAGCUGUCUCGGUCUGGAAAAGAUACCAGACAAACUACACUGCAACGUCUGCAAUAAGUUCAACUUCAAUGCCUUCAAGACCACUUGCUGUGACACGGUUAUUUGCGAGCAAUGCUUUACCUCCCAUCUCGACCUCACCUGUCCGAAAUGCGACCACAAACCCUUCAACAGCGAAACCUGCAAGCCCAACAAAGCGAUGCGUAUGACUGUCAAAUCCUAUCUCAAGACUGUGGAAAAAGCAAAAGCCGAGGCUGAAGCAAGAGCCAUCGCUGCUGCUGCUACUACUGCCACAACCGUAUCAUCCAACAAAAUAUCACCUUCCGAAGAUGCGAUCGUAAGGCCAAGCGGGGACAGCCCUCAAGAUGAAGCCACCAUUAUCCCACCCGCAUCGGCCGCCACAGAGAGACUCUCAGAAGAGCCUGGCGACGAUGUGCAACCCUCAAUCGAAGAUCCUGAUGCCGCAGACCUCGACGAUGAGGAUAACGUCCACAUCCAAGUCGAAGCAGAAGAUGAAGAAGAUGAACUACCUCCACAGAUGAUGACGGAAGAAGAUGACUCUGAGAAUCCUUUCAACGAAAGUCUCAACAAUAGCAACGCCAUUCAAAACGCGACCAAAUCCCAGUCGUUUCCAAACAACCAAGAUCAGUUCUUCAACAACGGCAUGGAUCCCAAUGAUUUUUCCAACAUGAUGACCGGCUUCAACAACAUGGACUACAGUCAGAUGAUGCAGAUGAUGUCAAACGGAAUGGGUAACUUCAAUGCUAUGAUGGGUAUGCCCUUGGGAAUGAAUCCAAUGUCAGCAGGCAUGUUUGGCGGAUUUGGUGGCCCAAAUGGAGGCAUGAAUAACAUGAAUGGUGCAAACUUGGGGAUGGAUUUUAAUCCCAAUCAAGGCAUGUAUUCAGGCUUCAAUGGCCAAAACAACAGUAUGUGGCAGAAUAAUAAUCCAAAUGCAUACCCGAAUGGCAUGGGUGGUGACUUUGGUUCCAACUUUGGUUUCAAUAUGGGCCCCUCAGGCCCCUCUCAACAAAUCCUCAAUGGUGAUUUCUCAUCUGGAUUUGGCGGCCGCGGCUAUGGUCGAGGUCGUGGACGGGGCCGUGGUGGCUAUGGUCGUGGUCGUGGUAAUUUCACCCAGUUCUCGCAGUUUCAACAACAGGACUAUCAGUACGGUGCAAGCCAGAAUCCCUUCGACAAUGCGAGACAUCAACAUCACGACAGUGACAGACACAAUUCAAAUAACCACGCCAAGCUUGAUGAUGAUAUUGACCAAGACGCCGAGUUCGCACCUGGUGGUCAGGACGACGUUCAGGAAGCUUUGGGUGAGGACUAUACCAAGACGACCUCCAACGACAAGGCGUUGGCAAACCCGCUCGAAACUGAUCAUGAUGUGCCUGGGGAGAAUAUCUCCGAGCGUGAAAUAGCACCUGAGGUCAAUGGCAUGAAUGGCCAUGAUGAAGUUCAUCCGAUCACCUCGAUCGCUGAUGACGGUAUUGAUGCCAGGGCUUCUGAACGACCCAAGCCAAUCCCAGCUGCAUAUGAAGAGGAUCUACAAGGUCCCAUGGCUCCUCCAACCGCCCCAUCUGGUCCUUCCGCACAGUAUGAAUUCGGAGGCUAUCGUGGUCGAGGGCAUGGUAGAUUUGCAUCUCGUGGUCGUGGUGCUUUUCCUUCUAUGCAAAAUGGACAUUCCACGCAUGUGAAAUCUGGUUCGCAAACCCCACAGAACUCAUCUGCUGGAACAGGCGUGGUAGGGGCUCCGACAGGUCCUAGAGCGAUGCGUGAACCCCCUGCUCCAUCUCGACCAAUCUCUCGUUCGGCGAGUUCUGGUUUCCAAAUCAUGGGUCGAGCCUCACAAGAUCCUCACCGAUCCCAGUCUCGUGGUUUUGAGCGUGCAGCUAGCCCAGCCCCCGUCGGUGAGCGUGAUGACUUGAAGCAAAGAGACGAUUCCAGGCGACCUUCGAAACAGGAAUCCCUACCAGGCUCCAAAAAUGGCGGAGAAGACCCACCCAGCGAGCAUCGGGACAAUGAUGAGGAUAGACGUCGCCGAAAGCCCACCAAUCGCGAUGGCUACGAUGACCAGAGGCGAGGAGAUCGAGAAGCAUCUUAUUCAGCUUCAGAAUACUCGGACAAGCGGGCAUCACGGCAUCCUCGUGGAGAGAAGGAUAAACAUACGUCUACAAAGUAUCCUGAACGUCGACCCCGGCGUUCUGAUGAAAUUGACAAAUUGAAUGGUGAUUCUGCGAUGAGUGGCUAUGAAGAUUCGCCAAAGUCAUAUCGCGACAAGUAUGACAGUGACGGCAAAACUAGACACAAGGGCAGUAGAUCAGCUAGGUACGAAGAUGGCGACCGUGACCGGGAGUCAAAUCGAGACCGCCGGAGGGAACGAGAGAGAGAUCGCGACCGCGAUCGAGACCGAGACCGCGACCGCGACCGCGAGAGAGAACCAGACAGGGAACGAGACAGAAAUCGAGAACGUGACCGUGACCGUGAUCGUGAUCGUGACAGGGAGAGGGCCAGAGAUCGGUCAGAGAGAGAACGAGAGCGUGAAGAGCGUCACCGGGACUCAGAACGGGACCGCGACAAAGAUCGAAAGCGAUCUCGACAUGAUCGACACCGAGAGGAGGGGAAGGGCGGAGAUUACGACUACGACCACGAGCGAAGAAACGACGACUACGACGAUGAAGAGUCCCGUCAUCGCUCACGAAGACAUAAAAGAGAACACCGACGUGACGGCAUGGAUGAAUCCUUUGUCUCCAACGACGGCACGCCUACACCGAACAAUCAGCCACACACUAACGGCCGAUCCUCAUCCCAUAAUCGCCACCAUCAGCCAUCGCAUUCCCACCGUUCAAGCAAAACAGCCACACCAGCACCAUCAACAACCAUCAUCGCAUCUGCGGCGGCUGCGGCGGCACCGCCCAAGGAUCCACAUACAUUAGAACGUGAAGCACGCAACCGCGAGCGCAUGCUCAAGGAACAGCAACGGCGUGAAAAGGCCAAACAAGCCAGUGGUGGUCCAUCCAGCGGCAGUCGCCGCGUCACUUACAAGUACGAAGACGAGAUUGAGAGAGGCCUAGUCGAAGGUGAACGCGACCGAGCCAGCGCCCGGUGGCGGUAGCAUCACCUGUCGUCAUGCAGAUGAACAACAAGACUAGUUCUUAACAUUCAGUCUGGCCCGGCUUCAAGUCCAAUAUGUUUCUUGUGUGGGUUCUGGGUCUUUCUUUGGUUCAUGUGUUCUCGGUUGCACCCCCAACAUGGACAAAUGAACACCGUGCAAUGGAUGUGAAUGGAUGGGGGAGGGAGUAGAUAUGUGUGUAAAAGAUUUCACACACAAUCUCCCGGCCCUAGUGAAUGAGGAAGGAAUACAAAUGACAGGGGAUUCAUGAACACGAGCAGGUGAAUUUAUCUAGCUCAUUCUUAAUGGCGGUGCGCCCGCCUUAGUAUUGUAUGAAAAUCACUCAGCCCCGACGAUGGUUGGAUUGGCUGGGUGUUGUUUGUGUUUGACUGCUUGAUGGAUCAAUCCUCUUUACAGCUAAUGUUUAUAUUUUCCCUCCCCG